GGUCCAGCCACCGUUAAUGCGGUAGGAAGGAGCGAAGUAACAGAACAGAUAGAGUUGCAAUUGCAGGAACACACAAUGGCGCUAAUGCGCGCUGCGUACCCAACCAUCGCUCUUCCUCUUCCGCCUUCAAACCUUCCCGUUCGCUCCAAUAUGUCCGUUCGAUGCUGUAACCUUCACUCCCAACCGCAACUCCACUCCCGCAAGUUAGUUCUUGCAGUGAAGGAAAAGCUUGAAAAUGAACACCAUAACCUCCCUGUUGGCCCAAAUGGAAGGGAUGACGAAGAUAUGAUACUGUGGUUUCUCAAAGAUCGCAAGUUUUCUGUUGAAGAUGCUAUUUCCAAGUUGACUAAAGCCAUUAAAUGGCGUCAAGAUUUUGGGGUGUCUAAAUUGACUGAAGAAGCCGUUAGAGAUGUUGCUCAAACUGGAAAAGCAUAUGUACAUGACUUUCUAGAUGUCAAUAGCAGACCUGUGCUUAUGGUGGUUGCAUCAAAGCAUUUUCCAGAUGCACAGGACCCUGCAGAUGAUGAGAGGCUGUGUGUUUUCUUAAUUGAGAAGGCGUUGAGUAAGCUUCCAACUGGGAAAGAACAAAUACUUGGAAUAGUUGAUCUCAGAGGUUUUGGUACAAAAAAUACUGAUCUUAAAUUCUUGACAUUCUUGUUUGAUGUAUUCUAUUGUUACUAUCCCAAGCGAUUGUCUGAAGUACUAUUUGUGGAUGCACCUUUUGUGUUUAAGCCAAUUUGGCAGCUAGUCAAGCCCUUGUUAAAAUCAUAUGCUUCUCUGGUGAGGUUUUGCUCUGCAGAGACUGUUAGGAAGGAAUAUUUUACAAACGAAACAUUGCCACCAUGCUUCAGAGAUUGAAAGUUAGAAAAUAUGAGAAUUUGCAGCAAACUUUACAAAUACACUCAUAAAUAUUUAGCAUUUGUCUUGGACUUUCAAAGACCAAUUUGUGGAUCUCACAACGGCAACACAACAUGUAAUUAGUUGGGAAAAAAAAAAUAGCUUCUUACUUAAAAGUGCUCGAGAGGAAUUUUAGAACAAUGCUGACAUAUGCACCCCAUUCCCUAGUUUCUUCUUAUUCAUGAUAUAUAGGAAAAUGAGAGAAACUAUGCAAGAGAUUGGAGAAUUGUGUUAGAGGGUUGACAUAGUGCUAAUCUCCUGUUGAGAAUAAUACCAUAUAGAUGCAAUACUGAAGAGACAAGUUCAUUUACAGAGAAGACAGGUUUGAGUUUGCCAUCCGAGGUGCAAGAAUUCAUUUGCAGAUUAUUGCUUCCGUUUUGGCAUUUCAUCUUAUACUCUUACCUGUAUCUAUUGUUCAAGCAGUGCAAACUUGUGUUUUAAAUACAUAAUAUAAAGCAUGUUUGGUUUA